GAUGUGCAGAAGAAGGAAGCGGCUCCUCUGGCGGACUCUCCAAGGUCCACGUGCCCAGAGCCAGCCUCUGGCCGACCGCGCAGGGCUCGGGUUCCGGAGCAGAGCCGGAUUGCUCCCCAGUCCCGCCCGUGAAGAAGCCUCUCUCGGCUGGCAGCUCCGGGAGAGCGCAGCGCAAGCGAGGACGGAGCGCCUCCCCUCCCUCUCCGUGGGAAGCAGCCGAGGAGCUCCAGCCACUUUCAGGGUUAACAAAGGACAACGGAGCGGAAGGAAAGAGCGCAAAGGAGGGAGGGACGUCCCUUUCCUGCCCCGCCUCUCGGCGAGAAAAGCAGGUGGAAGCGCCGGAGGAGCCCCUCUUUGCGCGCAGCGAUGAUGGCGAGCGGGGCUGCGCGGGGGGAGCCUCGAGACAAAGGAUACAUCUGGGGAGUCAAGGCUGAGGGAGAACCAUCUGAAGUAUCACUGGAAAAAGCUGAGGAGCAGAUGCAGGAGCAGAAACUGAGGAGUCAAGAUGGAGCAAAGAGACAAGAAGAGCGACAGACGCACACAGGGGACAAACCUCAUAUAUGCUUGGAGUGUGGAAAGUGCUUCAGGUGGAGUAGUGCCCUUACGGUUCAUCAAAGAAGUCACAUAGGGGACAAACCUUAUCAAUGCUUCGAGUGUGGAAAGAGCUUCAGUCGGAGUAGCCACCUUACUUCGCAUCAAAGAACUCACACAGGAGACAAACCUUAUACAUGCUUUGAGUGUGGAAAGAGCUUCAGUCAGAGUAGCACCCUUAUCUUGCAUCACAAAACUCAUACAGGGGACAAACCUUAUAAAUGUUGCGAGUGUGGAAAGACCUUCAGUGGGAGUAGCAACCUUAGUAAACAUGAAAGAACUCACACAGGAGACAAACCUUAUAAAUGCUUGGAGUGUGGAAAGAGCUUUAGUCAGAGUGGCCAACUUACUUCACAUCAAAGAACUCACUCAGGAGACAAACCUUAUCAAUGCUUCGAGUGUGGAAAGAGCUUCAGUCGGAGUAGCACCCUUACUUCGCAUCAAAGAACUCACACAGGGGACAAACCUUAUCAAUGCUUGCAGUGUGGAAAGAGCUUCAGUCAGAGUAGCCACCUUACUUCGCAUCAAAGAACUCAUACAGGGGACAAACCUUAUACAUGCGUCAAGUGUGGAAAGAGCUUUAGUCAGAGUGGCACCCUUACUUUGCAUCAAACAACUCACACAGGAGACAAACCUUAUACAUGCUUUGAGUGUGGAAAGAGCUUCAGUCAGAGUAGCACCCUUAUCUUGCAUCACAAAACUCAUACAGGGGACAAACCUUAUAAAUGUUGCGAGUGUGGAAAGACCUUCAGUGGGAGUAGCAACCUUAGUAAACAUGAAAGAACUCACACAGGAGACAAACCUUAUAAAUGCUUGGAGUGUGGAAAGAGCUUUAGUCAGAGUGGCCAACUUACUUCACAUCAAAGAACUCACUCAGGAGACAAACCUUAUCAAUGCUUGGAGUGUGGAAAGAGCUUCAGUCAGAGUAGCACCCUUAGUUUGCACCACAAAACUCACACGGGACAAACGUUGCAAAUGCUUGCAGUGUGGAAAGAGCUUCAGUGACAGUAGCCAACUUAGUUCGCAUCUCAAAAGUCAUAUAAGAGACAAACCUUAUAAAUGCUUCAACUGUGGAAAAAGGUUCAGUUGGAGUAGCCAUCUUACUUCGCAUGUUAGGCUGACUGGUCUGUAGUUCUCCGGUUCCUCCUUCUUGCUGUUUUUGAAGAUAGGGACAACAUUAGCUCUUCUCCAGUCAUCCGGCACUUCACCGGUCCUCCAUGAUUUCGCAAAGAUAAUAGAGAGCGGUAUUGAGAGUUCUUCAGCCAGUUCCUUCAAUACUCUAGCAUGCAGUUUAUUGACUUGAAGGCACAUUACAACAACAACAUUACAUUUUGCAGUUUAUCUGGCCCUGCUGAUUUGAACUUGUUCAAAGUGAUUAGGUAUUCCUUGACCAUUUGUCUAUCAAUCUCAAGCUCCAAUCCUGCCCCUUCUACUUCAUGUUUCCCGGGAGGGUCACAGACCCUUUUUUGGGGGAGAAGACUGAGCCAAAGUAGGAAUUGAGCACUUCUGCCAUUUCUUUGUCAUCUGUUACCAUUUUGCCAUCCUCAUUGAGUAGCUGUGCCACCAUUUCUUUUCUCUGUCUUUUACUAUGGACGUACCUGAAGAAAGCCUUUUUGUUGCUUUCAGCAUCCCUCGCUAGCCUCAGCUCAUUCUCAGCUUUAGCCUUCCUUCCACCAUCCUGGCAAUUCCGUGAUAGCUGCCUGUACUCUGCGGCCUGGCCUUCUUUCCACUUUCUGUAUGUGUCCUCUUUUGUUUCCAGGUAAUCUCUAAGCUUUUGGUGAAGCCACAUUGGCUUCUUCUGCUGUUUCCCCCAUUUUUCCUUGUUGGAAUUCCUUGCCAUUGUGCUUUUAAAAUUUCCGUUUUAGAAACUCCCACACAUCUUGGACUCCUUUUCUCAUAAGGGUGGCUUGCCAUGGCACGGCAGUGACAAUUGUUCUGAGUUUAUUAAAAUCAGCUUUCCUGAAGUCUGAUCUGCGGUAUGCACUCCAGUUGAGCUUCUAAUAUAGUGUUUUUAAACAACUUCCAAGCAUUUUCGAGUGAUGUGACCCUCUGGACUUUGUUUUUCAGCUUUCUUUUUACCAAUCCCCUCAUUUUUGUGAAGUUUCCUCUUUUGAAGUCA